AUGCCGGGGGAGGCCGGCCGCGACGGGGCAUCGCCUGAGCCUGCCUGCCGGGCCCUUGAACCCCGGGAGCCCUCGAAGGCGGAGGGGCGGCUCAGGCGAUGCCCUCCCGGGCUGAAAUGGAGGGUGCCGCUCACCUCCUUCUUUGGGGCCCCCAGACAGCCUAGAGGCGGCCUCCGGCCCCCCGAGCCUCCUGCCCUCCCCCUCCCCGCCGCCUCUCUCCGAGCACCCCGCGAGCUCCAGGCGGGCUCCUGCGCUGUCGCUGCUGCGUCUCCGCUCGCCGUCGGACGGGUCUUUCCGCGGCCGUCCCCGGGCCCUGCCGCUCUGGCCGCCCUCUCGGCCGGUCCCCGCUCAGGCCUCUGCUCUCUUGCUGUCUCUCCAGAAUUCCCUCCUCGCUAUUUGCUGGGCCAGGGCCCCAAGGCCAACACCAUCACCCAUGUGUGCUGGUACCGGAACCACAGCCUCUCCCUCACAGACUUUCUGUGCAUGACUCAGAACCAGCUCUCGGGGUACCUGCUGAGGAAGUUCAAGAACAGCAGCGGCUGGCAGAAGCUCUGGGUGGUCUUCACGAAUUUCUGCCUGUUUUUCUACAAAACUCACCAGGACGACUACCCGCUGGCCAGUCUGCCCCUGCUGGGCUACACGGUCAGCAUCCCCGGGCAGGCCGACGGCCUUCACAAGGAUUUCGUCUUCAAGCUUCAGUUCAAGUCUCACGUGUACUUCUUCAGGGCUGAGAGCAAGUACCCAUUCGAGAG